UCACUUUCUCUCCUCUCUUUCUCACUCUCUCUCUUGCUCGUUCCUCAUCUCUCAGUCUGCUCUUAUUCACUGUGUAUGGGCAAAGCGGGAUAACAUGGACACUUUGGGUCUUUUUAUGCUGCUAAUACUUCUGUUUUUCCAGUGGAUGCCUGCCCUUGCUGCUGAGGAAAUCACCUGGACUUACUCUGGCUUAGUCGGCCAGAGUGAGUGGUCAGAGUAUUUCCCGGAUUGUGGUGGUACCUCACAGUCUCCAGUUGAUGUGAUGACCACGCAGGCUAAAUACAACCCCAGUUUGAUCCCUGUGACUCCGCUGGGCUACAGCCAGCACGGCAACCAACCCUUCACUAUGUACAAUAACGGACACACAGUGGUGAUUGAACUGCCAGAAUGGAUGGGACUCGGGGGGCUGCCGUGGUUCUUUACAGCCAUACAAAUGCACCUCCACUGGGGCAAUGACGGCCCAAGUCCCGGAGGCAGUGAACACACCAUUAACGGACUGAGUGCAGAUGCAGAGCUCCAUGUGGUGCACUACAACUCUGAGCUCUACCCAAACAUGUCUGCAGCGAUGACCCAGAAAGACGGUUUGGCUGUUUUAGGAAUUCUCAUUGUGACAGGUGAGGAGACAAACCCAGCGUUUAACAACAUCCUCAACUAUCUGAGUCGCAUCAGGCACGCAGACCAGAAAGCGUUCAUCCCAGCCUUUGACGUGCAGUCUUUGCUUCCUGAGGAUCUUGGGCGAUACUAUCGAUACAACGGCUCCCUGACAACACCGCCGUGCCACCAGAGUGUUAUCUGGACCCUUUUCCAUAAAAGGGUUCAAAUCUCAGUAGCCCAGCUGCUGAAGUUGGAGAAAAUCCUUUACUCCAGUAAAGCUGAAGAACCAGACAGGAUGCUGCUGCAGGACAACUACCGUGCAACACAGCCACUCAACCACAGAGUCAUCUUCACCUCCUUUUCUGCAGAAUCGGGGAAGGAGCUCUCGUCUGGAGAAGUAACAGCCAUAGUGAUAGGAGUGAUGUGUGGCUGUGUAGGCCUGGCGGUUAUCGUUCGCUUCAUCGUGAAGACAAUACGUGUAACAACGUGAGAACACAAGGAUCCACUAGAGUCUGAAUGGCACAUCAAGGCUUUCUGGGGACACAACCUCUGAUUUCUUCUAAAUGCACUGACAUUUCUGCACAGAAGCUAUAAGGGGGCCGACUGUGCAUGUUUUUCUAGGCUGGACCAGAUUUUUCUCUGCAUUAUGGUAGGCUCCUUACCUUACGAUAUAAAUCGCCAUGAGGCAACUACUGUUGUGAUCUGAUACUUUAUAAAUAAACCUGAACUGAACUGAAAUGCAUUUUACUGAAAGGUGUUAAUAGUAUUUUGUCAGCCCCAGCAACCUGCUUCAGUAACCUGACACAGCUUCUGUGUUGGAUUGCAUUAGAUCACAUGUUUAAUGUUUCCCAAACAGAGUAAAGCUGGAAGGAAAUGAAAAAAAAAAGACAAUACAUUUUUAUACCAUAACUUUUCAACUCUAUGAAUGCGUUUUAUAGUAUUACAUGGCAGUUGAUAUGACAUGACCAACCUGAAAGACAGGAUAUAUAUCCACAGAUUCUUAAAGCUUCUGUUACGACAUCUGAAUGAACUGCCAGGACAUUUAUAUGAAUGGGGGCUUGUUUACUCCACCUCUUUCCCUAUGACAGCUGCAAUAGGCUCCAGCUCCUUCCUGUGACCCUGAACUCAAGUGGAAAAAAUGGAUAAGGAUAGAAGGAUAUUUAUAUACAUUUAAAGCAAAAUGUCAUUAGUAUAUCCAAAAUAUGUGAUGAAAAAAAUGUACUCUUGCUGUACUGAAACAUGACAGUGACACAGUAAAUCCAGUGGGCAUCCUUUGUUACAUGUCCCCCUCUGCUAGUUUAUUUUCUCUUGACUCUACUAAUUUAUCCCCUGCCCUCAUAGGUUCCUAAAACACCCGUGUUUGAUCAUUUUUAGUUUUCUUUUUUUGUUUUUUAAUCAUAUAAUGGAGCCUUACCGGGGCUGAGCUGUAUUUUUGGACAAGGAGCGACCUCUUCUGGAUAAACUACACUGACAUUUAAAAAAAAAAAAAACUGUCUGAGAAGUUUUGAAGUAUGUGCGAUUAAUCGGUGGGGAUAACUCUUCGCUUUGACGUUUCAGGACAAAGGAUUCAGAGAAGGAAAAAGAGGAAAAAGAAGACAUGGCUAUGAACUCGACUUCAGAAGCAGAAAAGAAAGAAGAGUCCUUGCUGUCA